GUUCGAAUGCAGGGCGAGCGUGUAAACCCCCUGCUCUGCAGCGGUUGGCAUAGGUAACUCAGUCAGUUUAUAGAGAUGGAAUAAAAUUGGAGGGGAAAUAUAUUAAAAAAACUUUAAAAAAAGAAGAUCACCGGACAAGGCUUAAAAUCGGAUAAGCCUCUAAUUGAGAGAAAGCGACACAAAUUUAAUUCUAUACAGAAACGGCAUGAGUCCAUGUCAUUGAGCUUGGUCCACGUGAGAGAUUUUUUUUUCUAAUAGUUUUCAGCGGUGAAUUUGAGAGCUCGUUGUUUUUAAAGGGACGACCUCAGUAUUUCGAAAAUGUCUGUAGGCUCUACAAAAUUUCAAGUGUGCAGAGAAUAAGAAGUCUGCAAUAAAUCAAAUUGGGUAAUAUGGCAGAUGUAAGCAAUGUGUGUAAUACCACUGAUGAAAACAGCCCAAUUAUGGUGUUUGUGUAUUUUCACAGGGCUAUAUGUAAUGAGUUGAAUGGGCUUGUUGAAGAGGCCUUGGCACUCCAGAAUGGCAGCUUGUGGAAAGAGCAAAUUCAGAAACUUCGUAAAGGUUAUCGUUUUCUCAGGUUUAUUUGCAAACAUCACAGCAACGCAGAGGACGAGGUCAUCUUUCCUGCUCUUGACACAAGGGUAAAGAAUGUUGCUCUAACCUACUCACUCGAGCAUAUAGGGGAAAAUGACCUUUUUGACCAUGUGUUUGGUUUGCUAAAUUCAGCUUUGGAACAUGACAAUAAUGGGUUACUGGAGUUACGUCGAGAGCUUGUGAGUUGUACAGAGGCCAUUCGGAUCUCUUUACGUCAACAUAUGUCAAAAGAAGAGGAGCAGAUAUUCCCAUUACUUACACAACACUUCUCCUUCAGAGAGCAGGCUUCACUGGUGUGGCAAUUCAUGUGCAGCAUUCCAGUGAAUUUGAUGGAAGAAUUCCUUCCGUGGCUUCUUUCGUCGAUUUCAAUUGAUGAAAAGAAGUACAUGACAGAAUAUAUGCUUGAAAUAGUCCCUGAAGACGAACUGCUCCAAGAGGUUGUUAAUACCUGGAUGCAAGAGAAGACAUUACGAGUGGACAUCAAAGAUAUUAUCUUACUCAAAGCUAAACAAACAAUAUACUUGUUAGAGGAACCAGAGUGUAUUGGAGUGGUGGCAGGAAAAAAUCCAAUUAUACAUCGUUCAGAUGUAUUUAAACAUGGUGAAAAAAUUGGCAAAAGGCCCUCAAUUAUCAAGCACAACCUUGCAAGUAACCACGCCAGCAAUUUGUUGACAUCUCCUAUCGAUGAGAUUAUACAUUGGCAUAAAGCUAUUAAAAUGGAGCUUGCAGAGAUUACUGAAGAGGCACGUAGGAUGCAUCAUUCUGGAGAGAUUUCAAAUAUGCCUGCAUUCAUUGAUAGAUUGCAAUUUUUUGCAGAUGUUUGUAUCUUCCACAGUGUUGCAGAAGACAACAUUUUGUUUCCAGCUAUUGGUCAGAAAGUUAAAAGAUGCUUGUCUUUUAUUGAUGACCAUGCACGAGAAAAAAGACAGAUACAUAAUUUUCAAAGCCUUGUAGAGAGCUUGCAUAUUGUGGGAGAAGAUUUGAAUACAUCUGAAAGUUCCAGUAAGUUUUGUGGACAGGCUGACCUGAUAAUGGAGACAAUUCAACAACAUUUUGUGGAUGAGGAAUUUGAGGUGCUUCCUCUUGCACGCGAGCAUUUUAGUAUUCAAGAGCAACGCAUUCUUUUGUAUGAAAGCCUACGUAUAAUGCCAUUGAAAUUAUUGGAGCGUGUCCUUCCUUGGCUUGUUGCAACCCUGAGUGAACAGGAGAUGAAGGAAAUGCUUCAGAACAUGCACCAAGCAGUUACUUGUUAUGCAGCUCCUAAUGCUGAUAUGGCUUUAGUUACACUUUUCUCUGGAUGGGCUUGCAAAGGAAAGACAAAUACUGGCUUCAUGUCUGGAAAGUUUAUUUGCAUUUCUUCAAAUUCUGCAAAGGGUUGCUGCACAGAGAAGAAAAAAGAAAAUGUAUUAGACAUGAAAGAUAGCUGCAAUGUUUGUGAUAGAAAAUCAAAAACCCAUGAUAAUUUUGGACACAUCAAAACAGAAAUGCAUGAAAGGCCUUUAAAACGACCUCACUCUUGUAAAAUAGAGCAUCUAAGUUGCACUUCGGAUCAGUUUACUUCAAGAACUUCGGUUACACAUUCUAGAAACCCCUCUCUAAGGCAACUUUAUGGCCCUCCUGAACUGGGUAAAACUAGUAAAAACUUGCAUACAGUUGCACAAUCUACAGGAAGGAAUUUGAAUUGCUUUCCUUUCGAUUCAGAAGCUAGUACAUCUUUUAGUUCGAGCAUAUUUGACUUAGCGGCUAAUAUUGGUUCCUCAGAUGUUAGUCAAGAACCCAAACCUAUUGCUCAUAUUUUUCAGUUUCACAAGGCUCUCCGCAAGGACCUCAAGUACCUGGAUGUUGAAUCAGCUAAGAUAUCAAAUUGUGAUGAAACAUUCCUUCGGCAUUUCUAUGGACGCUUUCAUCUUCUGUGGGGUUUGUAUCGAGCUCACAGCAAUGCUGAAGAUGAAAUCGUUUUUCCAGCCUUAGAGGCAAAAGAGGCUCUUCAUAAUGUAAGUCACUCUUACACCAUUGACCACAAGCAGGAGGAAAAGCUUUUUGAAGACAUUUCCGUUGUUCUUCUUGAGCUUUCAGAGUUGCACAAGAAUAGGACUUGGAAUAACCUGUCUAUAGAAUCAGAUGCUAGCACUUCUCCAGUUGGAGAUCAGAUACUGAAGCAUGGAAUUCUUUCUGCAAAGUUGCAAGGCAUGUGCAAGACGCUACGAAUAGCAUUAGAUCUUCAUGUAUCCCGAGAAGAACUUGAGUUGUGGCCACUAUUUGACACCCAUUUUUCUAUAGAUGAACAAGAUAAGAUUGUAGGUCGGAUAGUUGGAACUACAGGUGCUGAAUUACUCCAGACAAUGCUGCCAUGGGUGACAUCAGCACUUACACAAGAGGAACAGUAUUUAAUGUUGGGUAUUUUGAGAAAUGCUACACGCAAUACAAUGUUUGAUGAAUGGCUGAAUGAAUGGUGGAAAGGAUCUCCAAUGUCUACUAACCAGUCAAUAUCUGCAUUCGAGGAACAGACUGUACCUCCUUCAGGUACUGCAGAAUCAUUGCAGAUGGUGGCAGAUUACCUAUGUGAGAUUGAGAGUUCUAAUUUGAACGAGGACAUUUCAGGAAAGUUGAAUUGCUUGACUGAAACAGAUAGUUCUGAAGAUUAUCUAUUCUCUUUUGAAAAUGUUUAUAAAGAUGGUGACUUGAAGAGUUCUAAUGGCAUGCCAAUUGAGGAGAUUAGAGCUUCUGCAUAUACUGUUGCUCCUUCAAGGAAAGAUAAGCAACACAAUUUGGAAACAGAUGCGGUGCAAGAUGUUCAAAAACAGGUCAAAAAAGGCAGUCAGAAAUUCAAGCCUGGGUGGAAGGACAUUUUCAGAAUGAAUCAGGAAGAACUUGAAUCAGCCAUAAGAAAGGUGUCAAGAGAUACUUCAUUGGAUCCACGUAAAAAAGCAUAUCUUAUGCAAAACCUUAUGACCAGUCGCUGGAUAGCUGCACAACAGCAAUUGCCUCAGACAGAAGCAUCUGCUUGGGGCAAUGGAGAAGACAUACGUGGACAAUGUCCAUCAUAUAGAGAUGCAGAGAAAAGUUGUUUUGGCUGCAAGCAUUAUAAGAGGAAUUGUAAACUGCUUUCUGCUUGUUGUGGCCAGCUAUUCACCUGUAGGCUCUGCCAUGAUGAAGACAGCAACCAUUUGAUGGACAGGAAAGCAACAACAAAUAUGAUGUGCAUGAGGUGCUUGCGUAUUCAGGCUGUUGCGCCAACCUGUGCUACUCCAUCUUGUGAAGGGUUUUCCAUGGCACGCUAUUUCUGCAGCAUAUGCAAAUUCUUUGAUGAUGAAAGGAACAUUUACCACUGUCCAUUUUGCAACUUAUGUCGGGUUGGUAAGGGGCUUGGUAUUGAUUACUUCCAUUGUAUGAAUUGUAAUGGAUGCAUGUCGAAGAGUGUCUCAGUACACAAAUGUCGCGAGAAGGGUUUUGAAUCAAACUGCCCUAUUUGCAAUGAUUUUAUCUUUACAUCUAGUAACCCAAUAAAGGCACUUCGUUGUGGGCACUUAAUGCACUCAACUUGUUUUCGGGCUUAUACAUGCUCUCAUUAUACAUGUCCAAUAUGUAGCAAAUCUUUGGGAAACAUGACUGUGUAUUUUGGAAUGCUUGAUGCUUUAUUGGCAGCAGAGACACUCCCAGAGGAAUACCAAGGCCGCACUCAAGACAUUCUUUGUAAUGAUUGUGAGAAAAAGCAAAAGGCUCCCUUCCAUUGGCUCUAUCAUAAAUGUAGCACAUGUGGAUCAUAUAAUACUAGGGCAAUUUGAAGCUGGAUCAAAUUGUCUUAGCUAAUUCUUUAAGUCCUAUGCAUGUUCAAUCGUUGUACUCAUCAUUGGCAUGGAUUUUCUGUGCAGAAUUUGUAGUUUACUUUGCCAAGAAAACAAUUUUGACAGUGGAACCAUUUCAUUGAAAUGUGGGAAAAGGAUAUGCAGUUUCAAUAUUUUUUGAUAAAACUUAAAAUGUCCAAUCAACCAAAUUCGUAAUCAAUAACUGAUUGGUGCACAACACAAGGCAUAGAUUUUUCCAUUCUUAUGACAGACAAACUCAAGGAUAUUAGCUUGUACAAGUGACGGAUGCAAUUUGACUUUACCUUGGGGACUGAAUCUGCAACUCGUUUUCCAGACAAAAGGCAGGGUCAAGCCAACAUUUUAGUGAAAGGUGAUUUUGGCAUAUAGCAACAUGUGAUGCAUAAAUCAAUUAUGCAUAAGAGGGAAUUUUUUAAUUGUAUUAUUUCUGUUUCUCCACAAUUUGCAAACUCCAAAUUGUAAAUAUGCAGAUGUAUAAAUCCAUCAUUUAUAAGAAGCAUUUUUUAUAAUA